UCUUAGGGUCUAAUAUCAUCCCUCCACUCUUCAAUUUGUAAGUCCUUUACCUUGCAAACCUCAUCUCCAGAAAAACCUCCACAUUACAGAACCGAAGCUUUCACUGUUUUCUUGGUUUGUGUAUCUCUGGACUAUUAGGAAGGUUGUUAAACAUGGCGACUACACUGCAUCUAAUCGGUGGAAAUGGAGGCAAUGCAUUUGCCUUCACUGGCCUUAAGAAUGGUGCCACCCUCAAGAAGAUUGGAGUGGCAGUGGGCGGCUGGCAGAUCAAAGCCGUGCGGGCUGAACUGACCGACGGGCGUGUGCAGACCUUUGGAAAUGCGCACACUUUCAGUGAGUUUACGUUCAACCUUGGCGAGCACAUCACCAAGCUGUCCCUGUGGGGGAACGGAGCCGGGUCACGUCUAGGUGGCAUCAGGUUCUGGACGAGUUCUGGACGAGAGUUCUUCGCACACAUGACUGACUGGCCCCUGAAGAUCGAGUACUCUAUCAACACUGGGUCUGGAGUCUGCCUGGGUUUGCAGGGGAGAGCUGACUCAGACAUCGACUGUAUGGGGUUCCUCUUCAUCAAUGCCAUCAAGUCGUCUGUGCUAACAAACAUGACCUAUCCCAGCCUGGCCUUGUACAAACCCCAGGUCAACAAAGAAUACAUCAAAUCGGUGUCCUAUCGCAAUGACACCGCUGAGGUUCAAGAGCAGAAAUGUAGCUACAGCAGAUCUGUGAUCAAGUCUCAAACCUGGAGCACCACCAAUAAGAUCGAGUCCACCGUCAGCAUGACCGUUUCAGCAGGGAUCCCGGAUCUGGUGGAGGUGUCGGGUGGGUUUAGCUUGACCGUGGGAGCUGAGACGACCUCUUCAAUUACCCAUGAAGAGACCAUAACAGAAUCAGAUGAGGUCAGUGUGAAGGUCCCGCCAGGAAAGACCGUGAGCGUUGAGUUGUCAGUGGGACGAGCAAUCAUCGACCUCCCCUACUCGGCCACCGUGAAAAUCACAUGCCUGAAUGGCAGUCAGCUGGACUUCGCAUCCACUGGCAACUACAUCGGUGUGGCUUACACUGCAGUGAAUGUGAAAACCACUCAGUCUGACAAAGUCAUGAAUGUUGAAUAAGAUGCAUCAACAUCUUCCUGUGCACCGUUUUUAUGUUGAUUGCAUAACAUUGAUUUGAUUGCUAAUGCAGAGCCAUGUGAACUUGCUGAGUGAA